GCCCCCGCCCCUUCAUGGUUCCCGCCUCCCCGCCACGUCGGUCGGCGCGCCGUGGCGGCGCUGGGCCAUGGCGUUUACGCUGUACUCGCUGCUGCAGGCCGCGCUGCUCUUCGUCAACGCCGUGGCCGUGCUGCAUGAGGAGCGCUUCCUCCGUCAAGUUGGCUGGGGAAGCGAUCAAGGGAUUGGAGGAUUCGGAGAAGAACCAGGAAUUAAAGCUCAGCUAACGAACCUCAUUCGAUCCAUACGAACUGUAAUGAGAGUGCCACUCAUAGCAGUGAACUCCAUUACAAUCGUUCUCCUCCUGUUGUUUGGUUGAAGACACCCAGGGAAAAACAUUUUGGAUGGCCAAAGAAGCAAGUUAUGAACCAUCGCCACUGAGUUUUUGGGGAUCCGGCACGGUUUAGCUGUCAAUCUGACAUUCAACUUAACAUAAUAAAGACACUUACUUCUAUUUAUCCUAUUUUCUAAUUGGAGUUUCAUUACACAAGAUACGGGGAUCAAUGCAACAACACUGCAAACAUGUUGGACUAUGACAAGUUCUGUUGCUGCCUGUUCAUAGCGCUGGCUGUUGGUGUGCGCGUUGCCGGGUGUUGCCGCGGUUGUCGAUCAUAUGCGGUUUUUAAAUGUCUCAUUCCUCAGGGAUGAAUUUCCUUUAUUAUCCUUCACAAUUUGUUGUUAAAUUAAA